AUGCCCAGUGGCCCGUCGCUGCAGGCGGCGCAGGACUGGGAGCCCACGGUCUGGCACAAGGCCGGGCCCACCGGCAGGGCGGCCCGCGGCACGGCCGUGGUGAACGCCGCGCGCCGCGCGGGCGACGAGGUGGACACGGCCAAGAGGGUGCCCAACGCCAAGAAGCUGGACGAGAACACGGAGGCCUUUCGGCACGAGGGCGUGUCGCACGACUUCAAGAUGGCUCUGCAGCAGGCAAGGCUGGCCAAGAAGCUGACCCAGGCUGCUCUCGCAGCGGCCGUGAACGAGAAGCCGUCCGUCAUCAAUGACUACGAGUCCGGCAAGGCUGCCGAAGGCGAAGUGAGCCCGCCGCUGUGGCUCCCGGGGAGGCGCCCUCCCCUCGUUCGGGCCAGACGCGCAGGGGGGCACGGCCGAACGCCCUUGCCCAAGAGAGGCAAGAGGGUCGUCCCGCGCCGCUCCCGUUUCGGCGUGACCGGCCGAGCGGGUCGCCGCCCCUGGUUGUCGGCUCGGUCACCUGGCGUCUGCGCAGCUCCGAAGAGGCUGCCAGGCAAACUGCGGACCGCGGGGGGGUGGGCGCGCCGCCCAGUGUACAGUUCGGCCGCCGUGCGCAGCUCGGUCCCCGCGGGCUCCAGAAGGCCAUCGGGUCAUCGCCGCCGCCGUCGCUGCUGCCUUGGCGUCGCGGCAUCUCGACGAUCUCUGGGGCAGCAUGUAUUGAGCAGCAAACGCAACACGACAUCUCCAAGGUAG